UUAAAUACAGCUAGGUGUGUGUAUCAGUAAGACACUGAGCACAGGAAAUGUUUGUAUAGACUUCUAAGGCUUCUGUACUUGUGUUGGGAUUUUAAUUAAAUACAGUGAAAUCAAAAAUGCCAUCUGAGGCAGCUGAUUCCAAGCGAGAGGAGUUCAGAAAAUAUCUAGAAAAAGCAGGUGUUUUAGAUGCUUUAACAAAAGUAUUAGUAGGCCUGUAUGAAGAACCAGAGAAGCCAAACAAUGCAUUAGACUUCCUAAAACAGCACCUCGGUGCCUCAGGACCAGAGACAGCUGAUGUGGAGGCCCUGAAGCAGGAAGUGACAGAGUUACGACAAAAAGUGGAACAGUUGUCGGAGGAAAACACAGACCUGAAGGCCAAGGUUGGCAACUUACAACAGUAUGAACCUCCGACAGAUGAACAAGCCCCAGAUAGUUAAAUACUCCCCCUCCAUGCUGCCCAUCCAUCUACUGUCAUGUCUUCACUACAUUGUACAUUAGGACAAGUGCUGUGUAGGAUGUCACGCCUCGCUGAGUAGGAUAGGAAUCAUUCACGUGUGUCUGGUGACGGCAUCCAGUUACAGAACAUAUAGCAAGGUGUUUAGUCAGAUCAACUGACAAGAAAAUAGUUUGACAGGAGUCCUGUUUUACAAUGAAGAGUCAGAAAAGAACAGUAGAAAAUAUGUAUUUGCUUUAUCAAGGAUGAUGUUUGGUCUGCUCAAGGCUUUGUCAAUUGUCUAAUAUAAUGAUACAAAAGAUGUCUUUCCCUGGUCAGUGUAAAUUUAAUUUGCAUCAACCAGCAUUUUUUGUGAAAUACCUAAGUUUUACUUCAGACACAAAACAUGAUUCUUCUCACUGUUGCUUUGAAAAUAUACCUUGCAAAACACACAUAUAUAAAGGAUAAAAAUACUACAUGACAGUUCUUUGAAAGUUAUUUUCAUUUUUGAAUUAUACUACUUAAUAUUAUUGACAUGUGAUGGUACUACUGGAGUUUCUUGAAUCAAAUUUCCUGCCUGUCAGCAUUCAAAGGAAAAAUACUUUACAUUGGAACUACUGAUCAAUGUAAGGUUAUUUUACAACAGUUCACAGGUAUAAUUUGUAUUUUUGGUCACAAAUACUUAAGUUUCCAGUAUAAAAUAGUAACCUACCAGCUUUAAGAGAAAUACACUGUGUUAUGUUGUACUGUUCAGAAAAAGAGAGUUAUCUCCCUGUCAGCUUGGCAGUUUCUGAUCUCGCAGAAGACCACAACGCACAUUCCAGUUAUUGGCAGGUUUACAUUGAAGUUCAAAUUAUCUGUUUUUUUCAUUAACAUUUUUCAAAGACGAAACAAAGGAGGGGAAAAUAGUUUUAAAUGUACAUGUUUAUUAUGUAUAAUAUCGUUUUAUUUAAAGACGAAACGUGAUUAUAAUUUAAUUUUGUCUUCUUAGGAAGUUUUAUUUCCAAUAAAUACCAUAAUUACUGUA